AAAACGGAUUCGGCCUUCGCGAAAGUCGCAAAUGCAUGUCCCGACGCGUCAUUGUUUUGCACUCGCGGCGUUUUAUUGCCGCUCGAUUCUGUAAACAAUUUUAGUUUUUGUCAAAACGCCGAUAAGAUUCGCAGAAGCCGUGUUGUUUAGUGUUUCGAAAAUUUAUUAUUGUGAAAGCAUCGCAAGAGAGAUACAGAUUAGCCGUCGUAAUGAAUCGGUUUUUAUUUGGAUGUCUCAAUAUUGACAAAGAGAUGAUUGUUAUUAUACGGCGGAUCAAAGUGGGCGAGGAUUUUGAGUUUGGCUGAGCAUCUUGGAUUUUGCCCGUUUUUCGUCCUUUGGUAAGCCAGUAAUAAUGUUCUAUUACUUAUAAGUGGUAUUUUAUUUCAGCAAUUUAAUUGGAUAACAUAUUAAUUUAUUGAACAAUUCUUUAUCAAUACUUUAUCGAAACAUUUAUUUUUAUUGAGUAUUUACAUAAAUAAAUAUCAUGUUAUCUCUAAGCAUAAAAAUCAAAUUAUGCAACCCGGACUUCAUCAAUUUCUUAAUAAUUAAGUGCGACAAAGAUAAGUUUAAGUAUUUUGCUGUUUGUAAGUUACGUAAGAAAGGCGGUUUAUCUGUUUUAUUGGCUGAUGAUAAAUCCCUUGUUUUUGAAUUUCUGGAUAAUAAUUCAACCCUUAUAAAUAGUGUCUGUGUAUGGUUCAAUAAUGACCAGUAUGAUAACUACUUUUCCUUCCAAGUUAAGGCAAUUACAUCGAUUGUCUUGCAUGACUAAGUGCUUGAAUGACAAGCGUUUUUAUACCAGUGAAGAAAGUAACUGCUUCAGUCAUCACUCCAAACACAUAACCUCAGUAGGUGGUUGCUUUUCUCAUCCUGUUACCACAAAUUAUACAAAUAUUUUAUCAAGAGCCAUGAGUGGGCAAGGUGAUAAUCUCAAAGUUAACUAUGAUGAACUUUUGAAGGCUCAAAAGGAUGAAAGCAUCCUUAUUAUUGAUGUUAGAGAAGACUCUGAAAUUCAAGAAACAGGGAAAUUGCCUGGAAGCAUUCACAUUCCAAUGGGUGAAGUCACAAAUGUUUUAACAAAUACCACCAGUCACGAAUUUGAACAGAAAUUCAGCAAAAAGAAACCAGACAAAGACACGAAAAUCAUCUUAAGCUGUAGAUCUGGUAGACGAAGUGCUUCAGUUCAAUCAGAAAUUCAGAAGUUAGGAUAUAACAAUGCUUACAAUUAUGAAGGUGGAUGGCUUGACUGGGAAAGCAAACAGGCAGCAUAAAUUAGAAUGAAACUCAUUAUGCACAAUUGUAUCAUAUAAAUUGUAUAAAAUAAAAGUAAUUCAUAUUUUCUUGAAAAA